AUGAAAAGUAUCCCAAGCUCUUCACAGACAAGUUUCCAUCUGACAACUGGCUCACCACAAUGUUCUCCUCCAGAGGGCACAAAUGAGGCGUCGCUCACUCAAGCAGCUUCCAAUGGAAGAGUCACUGAUUUGCACACAUACUGUAAAUGUGAAAAUGUUAAUUUUCAAGACCAACAUGAUGUGACAGCGUUGAUGGCGGCGUCUAAGGCAGGUCACGAUCAUUGUGUUAAACAGCUUCUGGACGAAGGAGCAGAUUUACACAAGGUUGACAAACAAGGGAGAACAGCUUUACACCAAGCGUGUCUCGGCGGCCACCUACAAUGUGUGCGAUUACUGAUCAAUAAAGGGGCGGAUGUGAAUUCUCGAGACAGGAAAGGAUCUCCCCCCAUCAUCUCUGCAGCAAGAUCAGGUAGCGUGGAGUGUGUCAAAUUACUGAUUGACAACCAGGCUUUGAUUGAUAGGAGCCAAACCAACGGUUGGACAGCUCUUAUGGCCGCUGCUGAGCUGGGUCAAGCUGAAUGUCUACAAUUUCUUAUCGAUAGCAAUGCUAAUGUUAAUAUGCAAAAGACGGACGGUUGUACGGCACUCGUGUUAGCAUGUCAGAAUGGACAUACAGGUUGCGCUGAAAUCCUCUUAGAAAACGGAGCUGAUGUAAACUUGUCUUACACGGAUGGCUGGACUGCCUUAAUGGCUGCUUGCCAGAACGGGCACGUCGACUGCGUGACACUACUUGUAGCCAAAGGAGCGAAUGUUAAUGCAAGCGGAAAAUAUGGAUGGAAGGCGGGUUUCACCGCUUUAAUGUCCGCUUCGCUACAGGGACACGAGCUUUGUGUCCGCUUUCUGCUGGAUAAAAGCGCUAAGGUCGACGCUUGUAAACUGAAGGGAAAAACGUCAUUGAUGCUGAGUUCUAGAAGUGGACAUGCUGCCUGUGCCCAGUUGUUAAUUGACAGAGGGGCUGAUGUGAACAGAUUUGAUGAUAAAGGGUUGACCUCUCUCAUGUUAGCAUCCAAAUAUGGCAACACCGACGUUGCCCGCCUACUCAUUCAGAGGGGAGCUAAUGUUAACCAAACGGACAAAGAUGGCAGCUCCGCGACGAUUAUUGCUGCCGAAGCUGGGCGCCUUCAGUGUCUGCGGAUACUUCAUGAAAACGGGGCAAAUAUUCGUUUAGCCAAAAAUAACGGCCAGACUGCUAUCCUAGAAGCUGCCAGAUUUGGCCAUUUAGACUGUGUGAAGUUCCUUAUCGAUUGCGGCGUUUGUGUGAAUGUAAUAGACGCCUCUCAUUGGUCGCCAGUGAUGGCAGCAUCUAAAAACGGACAUGUAAAAUGUCUGAACACUCUGUUAGAUAAAGAUAUAGAUAUCAAUCAACGAGAAAUAGAUGGUUGGACGGCUCUAAUGAUCGCGAUACAUAAUGGCCAGACAGAUUGUGCCAAACUGCUUCUAGCAAAAGGAGCUGACGUGAACGCCUCAUUGUCAGAUGGCCGUACUCCUUUACAUUUAGCAGCACUGUGCGGUUGUGUUCAGUGUUUGAAGUUGUUAAUCGAAAAUACGGCUUGUAUAAAUACGACUAACAAAAAUGGAGAAUCCGCCUUAAUAAACGCAUCACAGAGAGGGCAUUACGAAUCUGUGAGGGUGCUUGUUGAAUUUGGAGCAGACCUCCAUACUGCCGAUAACAGCGGUGCGUCUUCAGUUCUAUCAGCUGCCCAGAAUGGACAUGCAAAGUGUGUCCAGCUACUUGCGAGCUCUGGGGCAAACGUGAACCAGACUAAACACGAUGGAUGGACGGCCCUAAUGGGCGCUUGUCAAAACGGGCACGUUCGAUGUGCAGAAAUACUUAUCUCCUUUGGUGCUGACGUCAAUGCUCGUGGCAGUGCAGGAUGGAAAGACGGUUGGACAGCUCUAAUGUCAUCAGUCCGGAAAGGAUAUCUUGAGUGUGUACAACUAUUAACUGACAACGGAGCUGAUCUAAAUAUAAGCAAAGCGACCGGAAAAACAGCUCUAAUGAUAGCUUGCCAGUUUGGUCAUUCAGAAUGUGUGCAGUUUUUACUUCUCAAAGGUGCACUAAUAGAUGUACAAGAUAAUAACGCUCAAACACCGUUAGUCCUAGCAUUUACCAGCAGACACGAAGACAUUGUAAAGUUACUUAUAGAUUCUGGAGCCAACAUGGAUUCAUCCCUAAUCCUAGCAGCUGAGAACGGACUAACUGAUCUGGUGGAACUACUUCUCCACCACGGUGCUAACGUUAAUGCACGUAACAACAAUUCGUUGACAGUUUUAGCUCAAGCGGCACAACAUGGACAGCUCAAUGUAGUUCAACUACUUAUCAGGAAAGGUGCUGAUGUUGAUGAAUGUGGCACAGAUAGCUUGAGAAAUGGCUGGACUGCAUUGAUGUCUGCUGCAGCUAAUGGACACGUUAACUGCUUGCUGGCGAUUCUGCAAAGCGGGGCCAACGUGAAUGCUCGAAAGACGAGCGGGAAAACGGCCCUAAUGCUCGCAGCUAAGUACGGUCACUUUGAGUGUAUUCGUGAAUUGAUUCGGCAUGGGGCGGAUGUAGAUUUGUAUGAUAACCAUGGCAACACGGCCAUGUCUAUAGCGUCUAUUCAUGGCCACGUACAAGUUGUACAACAACUAGUAGAUUUGGGAGCAACAUUUUUAGUAUGA